AUGAAAUUCUCUGCUUUCUCGCUCCUUGCGCUGGGCGCUCUUUUCCCUGAAUGGGCCAAUGCAUCGCUUUCCGGCAGUGUCGGACCGACGACUACUCGCGCUGCCAAAGCCGCCAAGAAGACGUGCAAGAUCACGGACUAUGGUGCCAAGACCGGCGCCACAGGAGACAUCAGCGCUGCGCUUACUUCCGCAUGGAACGCCUGCAAGACGGGCGGAGAGAUUCUGAUCCCAUCUGGGGAAUGGGGUCUUGGCAAGUGGGUGACUCUCUCGGGAGGUACCGGCGUCUCCAUCAACCUCGAGGGCACCAUCUACCGCACCGGCACUGCUGGCGGCCACAUGAUUAUCGUACAGAAGUCGACGGAUGUUGAGUUUUACAGCGGAAACUCCAAAGGUGCUAUGCAAGGCUAUGGCUACCAGUUUCACAAACAGGGCAAGGGCGUCUACGGACCUCGCCUCUUGAGAUUCGUCUCGGUUACUGACUUCAGCGUUCACGAUAUUGCUCUUGUCGAUUCUCCUGCUUUCCACUUCGUCAUGGAUGGCGUCAAGAACGGCGAGGUCUACAACAUAAUUGUUCGCGGUGGAAACCAAGGUGGCCUCGACGGACUCGAUCUCAUGGCUUCCACCAACGUUCAUGUCCAUGAUGUUGCUGUUACCAACAAAGAUGAGUGUGUUACUGUUAAGCUAUCGAACAAACGAACUAACCGUGCACAGAACAAGUCCAGCCACAUUCUCGUUGAGGAUAUUUUUUGCAACUGGUCCGGAGGAUGUGCUAUUGGCUCUCUCGGCGCUGAUACUGCCAUUUCCGACAUCACUUACCGCAAUGUUUAUACGGUCAACUCGAACCAAAUGAUGAUGAUCAAGAACAAUGGCGGUGACGGCGUCUUUCAAAACUCCGUCUUUGAGAACUUCAUCGGCCACGGCAAUGCUUACUCUCUCAAGAUCGACGCCGCAUGGGCCGGCCAGAGCAAGGUGGCAGGUAACGGCGUUGAGUACAAGAACCUGACCUUUUCUAACUGGAAGGGUACUGCCGCCAACGGCGCUUCCCGUGGCCCUGUUGUUAUCCUCUGCUCUGCGACCGCUCCCUGCGAGAACAUUGACGUCUCUGGCAUCAACAUCUGGACCGAGACUGGCUCCUCCAUCGUUGACAAGUGCAACAACGCCUUCGGCAAGGGUCACUGCUUGCGCACCGGCUCCGGUACCUACACCAGCGUCGCUACGACCAAGACCGUUGCCAACUAUGCCGCCGCCACAAUGCCCGGCCAGAUCACUGCUGGUCUUGGUCUUACUACUUCCAUCCCUGUCCCUGCUGUGCCCACGACCUACUUCCCCGGUCAGAAGCCUAAGAGCGCUUUGCUCGGCUCUGCUUAA